CCCUCGCCCUUAUAAUGCAGGACACGUGAAGUUAGAGCAGUUCCGUCUCCUUCUCUCCACCAGUGGAUUAGUACGGGCAGAGUGUCAUGCUGUUUCUCCCAUUUUCCACAGUUCACCGGAGGUAAAAGAACUCUGGCUGGAGGCCCUCAGAGGGCAGAGCCAAGGCCACACAGGAGCGAAAUUCAUCACUGGACAGUCAGCUCGAACUCUAAUGAAGUUGAUAGGCAGCUGCAAUGUUUCAAAAACACUAAAUGCCAAUAAUAUGGAGACAUUAAUUGAAUGUCAAUCAGAGGGUGAUAUCAAGGAACAUCCUCUGUUGGUAUCAUGUGAGAGUGAAGAUAGUAUUUGCCACCUAAUUGAAAUUAAGAAGAGCAAGAAGGUGCUGUUCUGGCCCUUUCACAUGAGAAGGCUUUCUCCUUCAUCAGAUUUUUCUGCGGCUUCAGAGCCAGAGUUGAAAGCGUCACUAUUUGAUCAGCCCUUGUCAAUUAUAUGCAGCGAUGAUGACACGCUCCCCAGACCCAUUCAGGAUAUUCUUACUAUCCUAUGCCUUAAAGGCCCUUCCACUGAAGGGAUAUUCAGGAAAGCAGCCAACGAGAAGGCCCGUAAAGAGCUUAAGGAGGAGCUCAACUCAGGAGGCAUGGUGGAUCUGAAGAGUCUCCCUGUGCACCUCCUGGCAGUGGUCUUGAAGGACUUUCUCCGGAGUAUCCCACUGAAGCUGCUUUCAUGUGACCUGUUUGAGGAGUGGAUGGGAGCCCUGGAGAAGCAGAGUGAGGAGGACAGGAUCGAGGCCCUGAAACAGGUUGCAGAAAAGCUCCCCCGGCCCAACCUCCUGCUGCUCAAGCACCUGGUGUCCGUGCUCUACCUGAUCAGCAAGAACGCCGAGGUCAACAAGAUGGACGCCAGCAACCUAGCUAUCUGCGUCGGACCCAACAUGCUGGCCCGCGAGGACGACCAAAACCUGUCAUUCGAAGCCCAGAAAGACUUGAACAACAAGGUUAAGGCAUUGGUGGAAUUCCUCAUCGACAACUGCUUCGAAAUAUUUGGGGAGAACAUUCCGGUACAUUCCAGCAUCGCUUCUGAUGACUCCCUGGAACACACUGACAGUUCAGACAUGUCGACCCUGCAGAAUGACUCAGCCUAUGACAGCAACGAUCCUGAUGUGGAAUCCAACAGUGCCAUCAACUCUCCAAGCAGGCAGCCCCAGGUGCCCUCGGAGACGGCCGCUGGCUUGGAGCCCAGAGGCCCGGAGCACACUUGGGAGCUAGGCCGGGAGCCCAUUGUUAGCACUGUAGCCAGGCUGAAAAGUUCCCUGAGUCAACCAGACAGGAGGUACUCAGAACCCAACAUGUCAUCCUCACGCGAGUGCGAGAGCCGGAAAACAACCCAAAAACUGACGCGAAGUGAGGAUGACUUCACCGUGGCCCAGGCAGGCUCUCAUUUUGAAAGUGAUGAAAGUGAGGACCCAUUUCCGGAGGAGGUGUUCCCUGCAGCUGAAGGCAAAAAACAGAGGCCACAGGACCUGAAGCUGAAGAACUGGACUCAGGGUCUGGUGUUACCGUGGGGACUGGUCCCCAAAGCCUUCUCCAGUGGCUCUCUGGAUGCUUCCUCUGACAGCUCCCCCAUCGCUUCCCCUUCCAGUCUCCAAAGAAAUUUCUUUACCAGACAUCAGUCUUUCACCAAGACUGAGAAAAGUAAGCCCAGCAGAGAAAUUAAAAAACACUCCAUGUCAUUCUCCUUUGCCUCUCACAAAAAAGUGCUGACCAAACCCCCCAGCUUUGGGUCUGGGAAAUCCAAAGGCCUUCCCAGAGACCACGUAAAGAAAGGUUUGAAGAAAGAAAGCCAACUUGCUGGCCGAAUCGUCCAGGAAGACUUGUCUGAAAUCCACAGCCAAACUACUCUAGACUUUAGUUCCAGAUCCUACACCCUCUCCGUGGAGGAUGUGUUCCAACUAGUUGACCAGAGAAGCCCUGGAAGUCCACCAUCUUACGAAGAGGCCAUUCGGUGCCAGGCAUUGGAACUCACGGCCUAUGGGAACCAAACAGUUGGCAGCAUGAGGGCCAGGAUGCUCAGCCAGGACACCGGACUACCCCCUCUUCUGCCUCUUCACCAUGGUGGGGAUUCCAGAAAUAUAUGCAGUCCAGAGCCGCUUGAUGGGCACAGGACUGAGAGUUGGAAACAGAGCAGGACUGUCUGUACUUCUGUGGAAACAGUAGGGCAAGUGACUGUCCCAAGGAGGCCUCAGCUGCACCGGCUAAGAACCGUGUCCGAGUCAAAACAGAAGACCAAGUGGGACUACCUGGUGCGGCGAUGUAGUCAGCCAGUCUUUGAGGCUGACCAGCUCCAGUAUGCUAGAGAAUCCUACAUUUAGGAAGGCAGGCCAGACACCAUCCCCCAGCUGGUGGUAUCUCUGUAAAUGCACGACUGUAGAAAGAACUGCUUUGAGACUCUAUUUUCAAAAAAGUCAAGAAUAAGCUCCUUUAGAAAAGUUGUAUAGAGCCCACCUCAAAGAGGAUAGUUCCAUGAGGCACUCAGAUGGUGUCUGUGUUUACCUGAAUUUGGGCGACAUGUAGCAAAUGUAUAAAAUGUAUUCUAGACAAGGUGUUUGGUGCAAAGAUGUCCACAUAAGUAUGUGUAUAUAUUUGUUUGUGACCUUAGGGUCAACUGCAUUGCUGUUCUCUGCCUCCUGGGGCGCUUUUCUACUGGUUAGUGUUUAAAAAUAAUUGUUUCUUUUUUUAUGUUGCCUCAAAUGUCAUGACAAUUUUCACAUUUUCCAGAAACUCCAUUGAAAGGAAAAUGUUUAAAUCUCGUUAGAAGUUUACUCGAAUUAGCAGCUUUGUGAUAACUAAUCACCACAGUAAGAAGACAAAGACUGCAAGGAAUAGAGUUUGGGGUUUAGAGUUAUUAAAGGCAUUGCAAACUCCAGUAAAAGAAAAGUAUGGAAAAUACUUAAAUAUGUCCUUUUAAUCAUCUAACUUUAAAUUUGGGCAGAUUAGUAAAAAUGCAUUAUGUCAAUAUUGCACUUUGAGUUUCUUUGUAGUUCAAUGAUGUCUUCUCCAAUAGUGUGGAGGAAAUUACUUUAUAUGUGUUGGAGGUCCUAUGUAAGACUUCAGUGUAAUUUCACUACAAUAAAUUGCCUUCCUUA